AUGUACAUCACUCUCUACUUCAUCGUCACCCGCCUCCCUGACUCUCUUCGCGCAGUCAGGGACCACUUUCUCGCCCUUGACCCCACGGAAAUCACUGUCGACGACUUCAAGAAGCACCUCCUUAUAGCUGAGACUAGCAUAUUCGCUGUAGGUUCUGCUCGUGGCACUCCUCACACUCCCUUCUUUGAGGGGUGUUCCCCUUCCCCCUUUGCCCCCUCCUACGCUUGUGCUGCUGCUGUUGACUUCCUUGGUGCUGAGGAGGUCGGGGCUGCGUAUGCUUUUAGUGGGAGGCGCCGCAGCGGCAAGGGCAAGGGAGGCAAGAGUGGUGGAGGUGGCGGCGGGGGAGGCGGGAGUGGUGGGGGUGGUGGUGGUGGUGGAGGUGGCGGUGGGGGCGGUGGGAGUGAUGGCGGGGGUGGGGGCGUCGGUGGCGGCGGUGGUGGUAGCGGUGGGAGUGGUGGCGGCGGUGGUGGCGGCAGUGGGAGUGGUGGCGGCGGCGGUGGCGGCAGUGGGAGUGGUGGCAGCGUCAAUGGUGGCGGUCGGGGUGGAGCUGCUCAGAGCGGAGGUUCUGGCAGUGGCAAGAGGCAGCAGCAACAGCAUCCGACCGAGACCCCUACGCCUCAGCAGCUUCGUGGGUGGUACGCUCUGCGUGGGGCGUCCGGGGGUAGUGUUCUUUGCACGUAA